UUCAUCUUGUUUAUUUCUCCAAUCAUUUCUAUCAACCAUAAAUGCUCUGACGUAUGAACCGCGGAUUGUGCAGUUACGCCCUCAAUCAUUUCCCCCCGCGUAAUUUGCGUCACUUCAUUUGAAUUACGUGGUCUCAUGCUGUGUUGUCGUACAUGCGUUACUUUAUUUCAAUUCGUCAAAGUCUUGCAGUAGGAAUCCAUGACUGACUUCACCUGAAGUGACUGUCAAAACAAACCUCAAGCCAAUCAAAUACAACUUAGCUGACAAAUGCGGCAUAGAAAACUGUAUUCUUUAUUCCAUCAACUGUAGUGACAGUAAGAGUUCACUCUUUAAACGACAAAUUUAAAAGACACGAAUUUUGAAACGACAAAUUUGUGAAAUUUAUACAAGAAAUUUAGUGAUCUCCUGGUAUUCCCCGMGUUCAUCAACCGAUUUAGACAUAAACUAGGCAAAAUAUCUUCAUUUCCAAGUGUUUGUUUGACACAUCUGCGAUAGCGAAUGAAUGGUGCACAGGCUGUAUGAUCAACCCUAUGGUCAACUGGUACGGUCAAUUCCUUAUUCACAUUCAAUAUGGAUGAAAAGAAUUUAACCAAAUGAAACGAGAAAUCUGGGGUAAGAUCAUACUUUUAAUGAUAACAGCUAUAAAAAAGCCUUCUUGGACUGAUUGCUAUUGGGAUGGAAGACACUAGUGAACGGAAGUUCCCACCACGGAGUAAAUUCAACGAUGAAGAAGCUACGGCAGUAUUGAGACUGAUUAUUGAACAAGAAAAACUUCUCAAAAACGCAAAUACAAGGCCAUUGUUAAAUAUUUCAGCGAAUAGACUACAACGUCUACCGCCUCUUAACGCCAAACGAUCAGAAUCUCUUGACGAAAAUGAACUUGAAAAUGUACGAACUCGGAAACCUUCGGGCCAUCGUGAACCUGGAUCUGAGAUUUUUCUCAAACCAACGCUACUAAAAGGCAAAGAUUCCAGGAGUCUUAGUGAUAACGUGUCGUUGCCUGGAAAGCCCCGUAGGGUUCCCGAUAUAUACAGCACACCUAAGAUCGUAAAACCUCACAGGGAUCGCGAGCGGCCGAAAGGGUCUUACGGCAGAAAUAAUGCUCUGAGAAAAGACAUCAACAAUGAACUUACUCCUUUAGAAAAUCACAGUGACGAACGACAAUUAGAGACAGAGGUUCAGAGAUCUGAAUCAAACGGGUGUCAUAAAGACGCCACAGAAACUGAAGAUAACACGUUCUCUCCCAUUCAUAAUGGAUACAUUAGUGAUCAUGGAUUAUAUGAACGACCGAAUUGCCCUGCGCCAGCUCAAUAUUCUCCUCCUUCGUACAUCAACUGACUCCUCGACAUAUCAUAAAGUGUGCCACAGAUAACAAGAAAGCUGAUAAUAUUGAAUACUAUUUAGUUAGUCGACAACGUCAACUGCUUUACGUGGACUAUAUAUCAUAGUAUGGGCUGGGUUCAGUAUCUCUCUCUUUAUUUUCAAAUACAUUCUUACGCUUUUUCCUAUCUUUAUGUAUGCUCAAACUAUUGAGUUGACGCAAUUGCUCAUUCUUUUGCAAUCUUGGAGUAAUUUGCCUUUUUUUAAGUUUUAGUAUCGAUUUUAUACUUUUCAUAUGCAUUCAUUCUUCCAUUCAUUUUGCUUCAUUUCACUCCUAUUCCCAUAGAUAUUCCGUGUUUUGAAAUUGAGCUUACGUAGACAGUUCAAUACGAAAUACCGAGAUAUUUUUUGCAAAUAAAAAUGAGAACGAUGAAGUACAAACCGAAUCAAACAAAACAACACAAGAAAAAUCUGUGACAUUCAGUGAUUUAAAAAAGAUAAAUUUCUUGAAAUACAGAUCACGAAAAAACAACGAGAAAGAUCCAUCGCGACAAACGUGUACCAGAGCGCGAUUCUAAAAUGUCUAGCAAUCUAUAAAUAAGUUGCAACUCGGUAACUGAAGACUGGCUUGGUUUACUUGAGCAAAGAAAUGGCUGAAGAGCUGUAUCAACAGCUCGACAGGUGUCAAAAAUAGUAUACCAAGGUCUUUUGUUCUCAAAAGUAAACCAACUAUCAAAAAAAAUGACAACGCUAGCCAAAUAAUUUGGCCAUAUUGAUAUUACAUAUUUACUCUUUAAAAAAUAUUGCUAUUAGAUAAUUCAUGUAAAAAGCUACAUGUGUAUAUUAUAUUAUAUUAAAGUCAUACAAAAAUAAAAGACUAAGAAAUAAAAAAAUAAUAACAAUGUUGCUGAGUUUCCCCAGGAGCGAAGCUUUAUAGGCAAUUUACUUAGAUCAUAGUUAAUUAACUAUGCCGGAUAGUUAACUAUAUAUCAACUAUGCUUAGACUGUUUCCUAGCGAUUCAUCACAAUACAGUACAAUACAGUACAGUACAGUACAGGAAAAAUGCCGUGACAGUAUAGCUAAGAGUUUGCCAUCUCUUUUUACUCUUAUGAUAUAAAACCUUUCUAUUUCA